AUGGUUGUUGAGGACGAAGCAAAGAAGAAACGGAGUUUGGAGCGUUUCAAGCCAUACAUGAAUAACCACGCGUUGCCGCGCGCUGCCUUUGAUAACCUUACCGUCGACCUGCUGCCAGAUAAAGAUGAAAAGCUCGGCUUUUCCAUCCUCCGCGAGCUCGUCGUCAAAGUCAACCCAAAUUCGGUUGCCGGCGGAAAAGUGAAGGUCGGGGACCUGAUUCUAUCGGUCAACGGGAAGGCGGACAACGUGAAAGCAGCGAUGGUGGCGCUGUCGAAAAGUGGGAAGGAGGGCAAGCUUGAGAUCGCUCGACUUCGGACGCGCUUCGUAUUGCCGGUCACGGCCGCCGCCCAGUUGCCGAAUUUGAUGGAGGGCUUCGAGUACAGCCGGAUUGUCCUCUACUUCUUGAAGGGGUUGCCGGUCGGGCUGACGUUGGUGGCCAUUGAGGAGAAGGUAUACGUCGACCACGUGGACCCGGACUCCUCCUCGGCGAUGACGUUCGGCCAGGGCGAUUGUAUCCUGGAAGUUGAGGGCGUCAGGGUGACGUCGGUGGCUCAGGUAAACGACUACUUCAAGCAGUUGGCGGCAAAGUCGUCGUGGGCGACGAUGCUGUGCGAGGCGCCCGACUGCGACAUGACGCGCAACAUGAUCCGGAAUCGGAUCAAUGCCGCCCGCGACGCUCCGCCACCUGACCUGGGACUGCCGCCGGACGUCAUCGAGUUCCUAAAGUCGGCCAAGAUCGGCGCCAAGACACCGACCCCAAUUCUGAAGGAAGACAAGGAGAAGAAGGACAGCAAAGAAAAGAAGGACAAGGCCAAGAGAGCCGUUCAUUUUGAGGACAAGUCGCUGUGGACGCCGACCCCGGUCGAUGGGGAUAUGAAGCUGUUGGUUAAGCCCGCCCCAAUCCGGAAUGCCGCGGCGGAAGGAGCGCCGGUGCAGAAGACGACCGAGCAGAAGACCACCGACAAG